GCGGGUCACGUGUGGCUAGGGCCCCUUUAAAGGCCCUCCGCCUCACUUGGCUUUUGCCCUCUGCCAUCUCAACUGCUAGCUGCCAUCCACCCCAGCUGUGCCAGUCAUCAUGGAGAAGGCCCUUGUUCUUCUGUUCGUGGCCCUCGUCGCCGUAGCCUACGCAGCUCCUGGACCCCGGGGUCUUCUUAUCAACCUGACUCUCUAUGGGAUCUACUACCGGUGUCCCUGUGAGCGGGGCCUGACCUGUGAGGGGGACAGGAGCAUCAUCGGCGCCAUCACCAACACCAACUACGGCAUCUGUCUCGACUCCAGGCGCUCCAAGCAGUGAGAUCUGUGCAGUUAGCUGGGCCACCUUUCUCUCUUCCUCGAUCUGUCCCAUCUGGAGCCAGCCAGCUGUUGGAAAUUAAAGCUCACUUGCAACCUUG